UACAGUUGCUAUGAUCCAUCUAAUUUUCCUUGCUGCCAUCUCUUUCAGUUGCAUCACAAAACUUGCCAGGGAAGACAACCCUUUUCUGAAAAAAGACCUUUGCAAUCUCAAGUUUCCCACGAUGGAAGAAUGCAAGCCGACUGAAACAUUCACUAGCUUUCAAUGCAACACCACCUUGCUAUACCUGAAAUGCUUCAUGGUCCUCAGCCAAUCACAAAAGCCCAUGAUUGCUGUUCUAUGUUUCUGCAUUGGUGGGCUUUGCAUCGUAGAGAACCUCUUGGUACUGUUCCUCAUCUUUUCUUCUUCAAAGCUUCGGAAGAAACCUUCUUACAUCCUUCUCAGCAGCUUGGCUUUAGCAGACACGCUGGCGACAGUUACGUUUGUCAGCAGCUUUCUUAACUUCCAUGUUUUUAAUAUGAUGAGUGCUUCCAAGGAGAUAUACUUGCUAAAGCUUACCGGGGUCAACACCUCCUUCACAGCUUCCCUUGGCAGCCUGUUCUUGAUGGCAUUCGACAGGUACAUCUGUAUCCUCCGACCCAGCCACUACAAGCAGUUGGUCACCAGGAGAAGAGCUGUGGUGGCUCUGUUAGUGCUGUGGGCAGCGGCCCUGUUCCUAUCCUCCUUGCCUCUUCUGGGAUGGAACUGCUGUAGCCUCCAGUCUACCUGCUCCCAGCUGUUCCCUUUUGUUGCUGACAGCUAUCUCUCAAGCUGGAUUAUCUUGGUGACGGUCCUCCUGGCUUCCAUCAUUUAUGCAUACAUGCACGUCCUUUGGAAGGCUCACCAACACACCGCGAACAUGAAGAAGCACCAUCUGGAAGAAUUCCAACAAAACCCAAAGAGGAGACUUGACAUCAAACUAGCCAAGACUCUAUCGAUCGUCCUGAUGGUCCUGGUGAUAUGUUGGUUACCGGGCUUGUUACUCAUGGCCUACAGCCUCUUUUCAAUCAUGGACAACUUUACCAGGGUGGCAUUUGCCUUUUGCAUCACCCUCUGUCUGGUGAACUCAAUGGUGAACCCAGCUAUCUAUGCCCUACGGAGCAAGGAGCUAAGCUCUUCCCUGAGGAGAAUCUGCUCUUGUUUGGGGAAGGUGUUGGGCAAUUUGGAGACCAAUCAGGAAGCAGAAAGCUCUUAAAAGUACAUCCUAGUUGGAAAUUAACGCACAAUGUUCCUGUGCAUCAACAUGGGAACGUUCCUCCAUUUGGAAGCAACUCACAGCAAUGUCAUCUCCAGCUAUCCUUGAACUAUAAUUCCCAGCAUUCUUCACUAUCAACUUUGGGAAUUCCAGAUCAGCAAUAUCCAGAAUGGUGCAGGUUCCUUCUUGUUCUCUGAAGACUAAAGGGAUACGCUUCCUUCUGCUGAAGGAUAUCUGAGACUUUGAUGCUUUGGUGGGAGGAGGGGGUUAAGGAGGGGACAAAGGGAGACAUAAGCAUCUCCAAAGUUUAAGGUACCUACUGUAUUUUGCCUUUCAACUGCCUGCUCUUGAAACCACCCCAAAUGCAAAAAGCAAAAAGCUUGCCCCCCACCCCAUCACAGUGGGACUCUCUGGGGUCAUCCAAGGGAUUUUGGAUCACACUUCUUGUACUUCCAUUCCUCAGGCAAAAGUUAUGCUUUGAGAUUAAACAUUCCCGAAGGUUACAAUUGGGGAAAAAACUCCAGGGGAUAUCAAUAGGUUGCCAGAACAACAUGUACUAGAACAACUUAGUACCUAGUAAUAAUCUGACUCGUAUCCAGUUCCUAGAGUUUUUUUUUAAAAAAAGAGAGAACUAUCAGCAGUAAUUAAAUUCAAGAGAUUCCCUGCAGCAGGAUGGUCUUAUAAUAAUUUAUGCAUUAAGUAAUUUAAUUACUUAAAGGAGCCUUGGUAGUACAGUGGUCUAAAGCACUCUGUUAUUAAGACCAGCUGCCUGCAAUUACUGCAGGUUCAAAUCUCGCCAGGCUCAAGGUUGACUCAACCUUCUAUCCUUUCUAAGGUAGGUAAAUUGAGGACCCAGUUUGUGGGGGCAAUAAGCUGACUUUGUAUAAAUAUACAAAAGGAUGAAGGCUAUUGCUGAGCACAUUGUAAGCCGCCCUGAGUCUCCGGAGAAGGGCGGCAUAUAAAUCAAAUUAAAAAAAAUAAUAAUUUGGGAGAGCCAAAUUAGUCUGUGAUAGGAAGACAGAUCAGGAGGAAUCUGACAAUAUCUUUUUCCAAACAACAUAUUUUAUUAAAAGACAUACAUUAUGCAAGCUGUAACUUACCAGACUUCUGAUUUGUAAAAUGAAGGAAUAUAGAUAGAAAAAUGUCCCUUGACUCCAGCAAGUUCUCUCUCCUAUCGGAACAGCAGAGAAAACAGCUUAUUCUGAAGCUUCUUUCAUUUUGCUAAGCAAUAUUUUUACAUAAUAUAUGCUUGGUUAGCCGUGUUAAUACUAUAUUAUUUUCUAUUUCCCUGGGAGCAUAAAGCAACAUA